UAGGUAUCAUUUAGAAGCAUAUCCAUUGGAUAUAUAUAUCUAACGGUCCCAAUAUCAAGUUCUAUAGAGGGAAAUAAGCAACAUAGCAGGGGAGAGCAGGCAGUCGUUCCAUUUCAGGAGAGAUCACUCCCAAAGGAACCCAUGCGUAAUGCAAGCUUCAGACACCGAAGAGACUUGAGCCGUCCACAUCCGACACACAAAAUUGUCCUGGCCUGCUGGACUAGACCGAACAUUUCUACUCUCAACACAGGAGCUGCAGAUCUCGGAACCUUAUCAGCGUAUGGGUCGAUUCUGCUUUUACUCGCAGCACAGAAAGCCGGGAAGUCGGCGGAGACAGAAAUCGACAACUACUCGUCCCAGGCAGGACCUGAUGCGAAGAUUGCAACGUCGUUGGCGAGGGUCCUAAUUCUUCAAGUAGCCCGCUACUUGGAAGCACCCCCAUCACAGCUCCACGUCGGAUUGGAACCGUACGGUUGAAGUUCUUUAUAGACGGACAUUUUUCUUUCAUUUACUUUUCCCCCAUUAGCUAUCAACCUAUAUCAUGAAGAAAAGGGGGCAGAGGGAAAAUCUCACCUGCAAUUCCAUGUCAUGAAGAAGAAAGCUCCCAUUCGGUAUAUAUAUAUAUACCAGGAAAAAAGGCAAGGCAAAUAUAUGAACCAUAAAACAAUCCUAGAGCAUUCCAGGGAGCCAAAAUCCUCUCGGAAUUUGACGCGUUCAGCUCCCUUUGGCUGGGCUGGAAAUAGUUUAUAACUGUCGUGUGAUGAAGGUAGCAAUGGAACCUGAUAUAUCAAUUUGAUGCGAUAUAGGUUGGUCACCACCAACGAGGAGCGAACAGGUAUAAAUAGAGCAGACCGGAUGCGAUGAGGUGGCCAUUUUUUGUUCCAUCCGGUAAAACCCGUGUCCAUAAGUCAUCACGUUGUCGAGGAAGGUGAAUCUUGCUCAGGCCAUAAUCUCUCCUCCCGCUCCUACUUAGCCUUCGAGAUCCCCAGCCCCCGAGCACAAUCGCGCCGCUUCCCUCCCUCCUUAGGCCGGCCCGCGGCCAUACCCACACGCAAAGCCAUACCCAUAAUUUUCUGCAGCCCGUCGGGGCAGUGGAAGACUGAUGGCG